AUAUAUAUUAUACAAAGUGUUCGAAAAAAAAAUCAUUCCGUUCGAUUAGAAUAAUUUUUCAUCUAAAGACAUUGUAUAGCUAUAGCAUUUCCAUUAGGACGACCAUAUUAUAAUAAAAUACCAUUUAUUUCUUCAUUAAAAUAAUACACCGACAUUUUCAGGAUGUUACCUUGUAAUUGUUUACUCAUCAUCAAAUCGCAAUCGUGACAAGACGUUUAUAUCUCAGAAAUGAUUGAUCUUUUUACCCUUUUAAGUUUAUAUUAAACCUUUAUAUAUUUUCUUUUUAUUCACAAUCAUUAUAAUUUACCCUAUUUCUAUAGAUAUAAAUUAUAAUUUGUACUUUAUAUUAUUGAUAACAUAAUUAAAUUUAAUGACUUAAUGAUCAAUAAAGUUUCAAGAAUGAUCAGGCACUUGCUCGGAUAAUUAAUUUUUUGAUUAUAUUCAUUUAAAGGGUUAAAUAUCAAAUAUACAUACUCAUCGUGAUUUCUAAAUCGACGUUUUGCAUUCUUAACUUCAUUUGUUGAAUAGAAUGCUCUCUUGUGUGAGAGACCUAUGUAAAUGGGGCAAUACAUGAGAAGAAAAUCAUCGGGCGAGUGAACUUUCUACACCAAGCUCCGUAACAUUCCAACGAACGGAACACUAUUUAUGUAUCCCUCUCCUAUAACUAUUUCGACGAGAACAUUGAUAAUCAUGAAUGAUUAUGGCGUCUAUUUCACAAUAUGUUUAUCAUAUUGUUCUUCGAGAAACGAUGUCCUAGUUGUUAGAAAAAAAAAUCAAACGAAUUCAAAAUAACAGUAUAUUUAUGAAACAUAAAUCAAGAAAAAAAGAAAAAGAAAGGAAAGAAUUAAUGACUUUAAAAAAUUGUAAAUUUUGAAUCUCUGAAUAUUAUUCAACCAUUCGAUUGAUCAUCAAGAAUAUCAACGAUUAGAAAUGAAAAGAAAAAAAUUAUAUAAAUGAUAAAAAAAGAAAACUUAUUUGUUGAUUAUUAAAGAUCGUUUGCAUUAAAAUUAAUUUUUAUGAUAUUAAUGUCGAAUAAUCUAUUUCAGAAAUUCAUAAGGUGAACUCGAUGGAAUAUAUCCUGGUCGUUGCCAAUACGUUAAUGCCACGUAGAAACUUUAAGUAGUAGACCUUAUAAAAUAGCUCCAGGCAAGAUACAGAAGAAUCAAUAUGGCCGAUGGAUCGUGAGAAAGGCGAUCGUUUUGGAUCCUUUAAAAGUUUCACCAAGAAAUAAAUUCUUAUUUUUCAUCUGAACGGAUAUUAUAACGGAAUUUUGAUUUCGGUUGACUUCGGGCAUCUGUCCGUGAAGUUUUGCAAGGGAUAAGAGAAAACAACAAAUAAAGAAAGAGAAUAAUAAAAAUAUAGAGGACUCAUCGAGGUCAUCGAUUGAGGUCGACUUUUAAAGGCACGUGAUGUCUAAGCCCAGUAUAGUAGAAAUAUGUACCAUUGUCUUUUCUUGGAUUCUAUCAAUGAGAGCGAUAAGAAAACUCGAUUCUAAUCACCGACAAAUUGUUUUUUUAAUCAGAUUUAGUAAUAUGUAAUUUAUCAUUUGUCAACAUUGAAAAUUAUGAUUAACAAUUAUAAAAUAUUUUAUUAUAAUGUUGAAAUUAAUGAGAAAUUAAAAAGGAUAAGUAAUAAUGAUACAUUAGAAAUUAUUAUUUAUUAUUAAGAAAAAAGAAGAUAACAAAUGAAAUAUUAUAUGGAAAAAAAUUUUCGAUCGAUGGAAUUAUUGAAACAAAAGUUUUCGAUAAUGGCUCGAACAAUAAUCUCAAUGAAUCUAUUAAGUGCAUCACAAAAAUGUCAAUUUUAACUUACAUCUGAUAAAAAUUGAUUAGUGUAUUCAAUGCUGAAGAAAAUUUUUAAUUUACAAUACAAAAUAAAAAGAGAUGGCGCCACUUCAGCAUAACUUAAACGAUAUGAAAAGAAGAAUAAUUCAUACAGUUAAAGCAUCAUCAGUUAUCUGAUAAAGAAGUACAAUGUAACAAGUAGCGUAUCUAAUCGUAAACGAUGUUCUCGUACAACGAGAUAACAAAAAAUUCCAUGCAAUUCUUUAAAAAUAUGAAACGUGUUACUUUAAAACGAAUUAAUGAGAAGUGGCCACAGAACGUUUUUAAUCGUACCGUUAGAAAUCGAUUAAUCCAUUAAAUGUUUCUUCGCGAAAGAACAUAAAAAGAGACGGUCAUUGUGGUGUAAAAAAUAUGUAAAAUGAACAAUGGAGAAUUGGUUGAAAAUAAUUUUGAGCGACGAGUCAUAUUGACUAUAGAUGACGGAAGAAUGUUUGUUUGGCAAAAAUUUGAUGAAAUUUUGCAAAGAAUGUUCAAAUUUAAGAGAAAAAGAUAAAAUAUCCAAAUAUUUUGAGAUUCAGAAUAUUUUUUCUUCUUUUUUAAAAUAAUGACAGCUGCCAUCGUCAGAGUAAAGUAAUAAAAGAUAUUUUACAAUAGAAUAGUGUAAAAACAAUGGCCUGCGAACAGCCACGAUACCUGAUUCUAAACUUAUGAAGAAAAUUUAAGAAAUUAGUUCAUUGAAAAAAGCCAAAGAAUAUAGAUGAAGUUUGAGAAACCAUAAGAUUAUCGUAGAAAAAAAUUUCAUUCGCGGAUUCACGGAAAAAUUUUAUAUUUUUUAAUAAUUUCUUUAAUAAUUUCUUUUAUCAAAGAUCAGGUAUCAAAGGCAUCAUAUGGACACGAAAAAAUAUAAUAAAAUAUUAAUAUGACGUUAUUUCUUCAAAAAUGUCAAUAUCAAUAAAUUUAAUCAAAAAUUUUGUUUCAUACAAUUUAUUUUUUUUACUUGAAUAAUAAAUAAUAAUUUUUAAUAUACCAUUAUUGCUUAUAUAACUAAAUGUCAUUUACUUUCAACAACAUUAGUUACAAACAUAAAAUAGUAUUUUAUAACUAUAAAACAUAAACAGUUUUUAGUCGAUUUCAUAUUACUGAGAAUGAGGACUGAUGGAAAACUUUUUGUCAGAUUUGUAAAUAUUGUCAGGAUUAUAAUAAUACAAUACGUGCGUCUAUUCGCCAUAUUGCCAACCCCUGAUCAAUGGAUCUUCUUUUGUAUCUUACAUUUCUUUUUCUUUUUUUUUUUCUACUUUUUACUAUCAACUCAAGAAUAGGAUCUGUCUCUUACAUAAUGCAACAAAAUAAUUGCUACGUCGAAGUGUACAACUAUAUCUGCAAUUAAAAUAGAUUGCAUAUAAGUGACCUGUUAAUAGAUUAAUUGGGACUCCUUUCAAGUUGACUCGAAAUGUCGAUCGAAAAACAUUGACAGUUCUCUAAACUUCUAAGAUGAAGAGCACGAUUCUAAUAGUUUUUCUUCACUCUUGUUUGAGCCCCUUCCCAGAAGUAUUUUCCGCUAAAGAGGGAGAGAGAAAGAGAGCGAGAGAGAGAGAGAGAGAGAGAGAGAUUUUGUUUGAUCUAAUUUCAGUAUUUUUAGAGGAAGUGUCAAAAAUCGUACCAUGAAGCCAAGAGUCGUAUUGCCAAAUAAUUACGUGAAAGAGAUUCGACCGCCAUCAAAGAAGGGUUUCCCAGUGACAGUUGACUUCAGUAUUUUUGUCGUGGACAUCAAUUCCAUUAACGUCGAGGAUAUGGACUUUAGAGUCGAUAUGUUCGUUCGUCAAAGCUGGACCGAGUCACGACUUUAUAUGCUCGAUGAUAUCUUCGAGGAAGGAGACGAUUAUGUUAUUUUUCCAUCAGAAUUCUACGAUAAUCUUUGGCAGCCUGAUCCUUAUUUUCUAAAUUCAAAAGUCUCCGAGAUCGCUACCUUAAACCACAAAUUCUCAUCGGUCACACUCUACAGAAAUAAAACCGUCCGAUAUUCCGCGCGAAUGCACGCAAUUAUAGCAUGCCAAAUGGAAUUUCAACUUUAUCCUAUGGAUAUACAAGUUUGUCCGAUUUACGUGGAAAGUUUUUCUUAUAAUAGUCAAAAGUUACGAUUGAGAUGGGACGAUAGCGGUGUAACAGUGAAUCCUGAAUUAAAAUUGUUACAAUAUAAUAUAGGAAAACCAGUUGUCUUCGAAGAGACUACCCAUUACAUGAUGGAAAAGAAUGGAAAUUUCUCAAGGUUGGUGGUUUUGUUCCGAUUUGAGAGACAAAUAGGACAUCAUUUAAUACAAACGUUUGCUCCAUCGACAUUAGUCGUAAUGUUUUCCUGGUUCAGCUUUUGGUUGGAUUUAGAUGCGAUACCAGGACGUGUCGCUCUUUUAGUAACGAGUAUGCUUACUUUGGUGACGAUGUUUACUGGCUUGAAAAGUGACAUACCUCCGGUUGCCUAUGUGAAAGCACUUGAUCUUUGGAUGGCUGGUUGCAUGAUGUUCGUAUUUGCUGCUUUGGGAGAAUUUGUAAUAGUCAAAGUGCUUGAUUUACGUUAUCAAUAUGUAAACGAUAUACAAUCGUCAAUUGUACCUCGAAGCUUUCAAACGCGAUUAGUUAUGACGGACAAAAGUCAAAAUUCUGAAUUCUGGGAUUAUGAUACCAUAUAUACAAUAAAAUCAAAGAACAAUCGAGCAGGCAGCAAACAUCUUCUACAAACAUGGCUUGAUCUUGAAACAUCAUCUCUAUUUCCUUAUCGAACACGAUCACAACAAAUAGAUCGUUAUAGCAGAAUUGGAUUUCCUAUUCUUUUUCUUUUAUUCAUCGUUUUAUAUUGGCCUAUACUUUUGCUAAAGAAAGCAGCAUAAUAAAUUUAUUUAAUGUAAUGUCAAUCAACUCUUUUCAGUAUUAAUUGACUUUGUUUUGGUGCACUUAGCAUAUGUCCACGUUGUUAUAAAUGCAAUCUGUAUAAACAUAUCUCUAUGUAAAUUUUUGAUUAUUAUAUAUACUCUAAUGAUAUAAUCUAGACAUAAUGUUGUCUACAUAAAGCUUAAUUUU